GGCCUUGGCCCGUUCUUUCCGUCACGAACCUCCGGUGCGGGGCUGGACCUAAAUGCAGGCCUCCAAGACGGGGACAUGGUGUUAGGCGUAGUUUUAUUCAAAGAUGAGGUCAGUUUGUUGUGCCCUGAGUUAGUGAGUUGCAUUCACUGACGGUAGGUAUCUCCGCCACUGAAAAUAGUGUAGUGUUGAGCUUUCCUCGUCACAGUCUUUCUGUGCCACCUCAGUUUAGUCCUGUCUUAGUUUAUGUUCCACUGUCCAGUCCUAGUUCAUAGUUUGUCUCCUAGUCAUCAGACCUCGCUUCACGUUUUUGGAGCCUGUACCUCUACCUUCUCGGACUGCUUACACCGCGUAUGACCUCACCGUUGAAUAAAACUACUCCUAACAUCAUGACCUCGUCUUGGAGUCCUGCAUUUGGAUCCACAGCCCUGCACCGGAGGUUCGUGACACGUUUGUGAGAAAAUUUUUUUUUUCCUGCUUCAGUGAAAAGAACCUCACAGCAGAACUUUUACAGAAUCAGCAAACAAAUUGCAGCGAUGUGAUUGACAUGAUCUUCUCUGAAGUCUCAGCUCUCAACGAUGAUGUGAAAAUUGUUGAUCCGCAGCUUGAAGAGUGUGCCAUACAAUUGUGGAACUGGGCUGUCACCAAGAAUGUGGGCGACUCCAUCAGUAUAAGUCAUAAAGCUAAAGUACGACACGCUGCAUGCAGUUUGUUGUACUGCAGUAAGCCUGUUAAUCUAACAGAGGGCGCCAUCCGCAAGCAGAUCAUGAUGGCCAGCACAACUGGAAGGACCUGGCUGGACUGCAGGAAUCCCCAGAUUGCGGAUAAUUUCCUCAGGCUCGCUGUCAAGAGCCUGGAAAUUCUGUACAACCAGCUGACAUCCAGAGGCCUCGACACACUGGACACUGACUCAUCCAAAUUGGAUGUAGAGAAAGACCUGCUCCGGAUCCUCUCCUUUCAGGCUGAAUCGGCUGUUAUUCAAGGGAGAAACCAAGAGGCUUUGACCCAUGUGCAACGCUGCAAAGACAUCCUGCAGCGGCUACCGACGCAAGAGACCUUUCAGCACCAGGAGCGCUCAGACCGUCACACCGGGAUUCGAACCCCGUUCCGCAGAACUACAACUUUCCUGUCCCUGAAGUGCUACAACUUCGGGAUCGAAACUUACCGUCUUCAGAACUUUGAAAACAGCACUUUCUGGUUACGGGAGAGCUAUGAGAUCAGCAACAUUCAUGUGGAAUAUGCCCCUGAAUUGAAGGUCCAGGCAAAGGUUUUGCGUCUCCUAGCCACUGCUUAUUUCGAGUGGGAUUCUCAGAAGUUUCACAAGGAGGCCCUGAGUGCUGUUGACAUGGCCAACAAGAAAUGCGUGAGCGCCGCUGGGCUGUACUUGAAGUUCAGAAUACUCCUGAGAUGUGGGGCCUCGGAUGAAAUCAUCAGGGCAGGUCUGGAUGAGAUGCUGCAAUCUCAGGUUUCCCUUGUCGUUUGUCUGAGUACAGUGAGGCUUCUCAUGUCUGAAGACAGAGAAGUGCCAGCAUUUGAGCUUUUAAAACGCGCAAGUCAGCAGUUUGAGUCAUCACCCGACCUGGGAACCGCUCUUGUUCUGCAUGUCGAGCUCCUGCUGAAGAGAGGCAAAGAGCUGCUGGGCAAGCACAAGAUAGAGGACAUUAUCACGGUACAUUACACCGGCAAACAGUUGGCACCGCAGGACCUCACAACCCUCCAUACCAUGUUGUGGGAUAAAGCUUCAGAAUAUGUUGAGGCAGCAGACUACACUGAGGCGCUGCAAUGGUACAACUACUCUCUGAGUUUCUUUAAGACUGGAGAGAUCGACCCCAACUUGGCCAAACUGCAGAGAAACAGAAGUUCCUGCUUCAUGCACCUCAAGCAGCUUAAAAAGGCCAAGGAAGCCAUUAACGAUGCUGAGCGCUGCGAUCCUGACAGCAUUUUCACACAGUUCAGUGUUUACAAGAUAGCUAUUUAUGAGAAUGAUGUGGAGAAAGCUGCAAAUGCAGUGAACAUGAUGACGCGUCUGUCUAAGGGUCUUGAAGCCACUGGGCCUGUGUCUGAGAACGCCACGUCCAACCUCCUCUGCCUAGCUGCUCAGAUUGCCUUGGAGAACACACAGCAGGACUUGGCCAUGAAGCUACUGGAACAUUUGUGUGAAACCAGCAAAGAUGAAGCUCUGGUUCUGAUGGCUCUCAGGUGUCUGGUUCGACUCAUGCUCCCCACCAUAGAAACAUCGACUGAUGAGAAAAGUCUGGAUGUGGUCCUGCCUUAUUUAAAGAUGGCGCUGGAGAAGCUUUCACAGCGUCUGCGCUUGACGGUGGAGCAGCGCACGGAGGAAGCCAACUGGUUCAGGAAGAUCGCUUGGAACUCAGCCCUGCUGUGUGAGAGGAAUCCGGACAGAAUGCGGGAUUUCUUUGUGCUCUCAUAUCAGCUGUGCCAGAUGUGCCCUCCUGAUCGCACCAUUCUUAUCGCCCAGAAGACGUGUCUGCUCAUGGCGGUGGCCGCCGCUCUCGAGUUCUGCCGAUCCUCUCCUUCAGUCGACCGAUCACAGGAUCUCAGUCAGGCUCUGCAGCACAUUGCAUUGUGUGGAGAGUUGUGGAAAACCCUGAAGGCAACCGGAAGCUUCCCGAAGGACCCGACAGAGACGCUGCUGCUGCUCUACGAGUUUGCCGCACGUGCCCAACUCAACGACCCCAAGGUGGCGUGCGUGCUGGAUUCCAUCCUGGAGCAGGACAACGUCGAGCCCAAAGUGUUGGAGACCAUAGCAGGAUUAGCCAUGGAGCCCCCGGCACAUUUCCCUCUGCUGAGCAAGAAGGCCCUGAGGGCGGCGCUGUCCGUGCACAAGAAGCAACCCGACGUGGACCUGGCGCAGUGCAGCAAGUGCAUCCACGGCCUCAUCGGGCUCUCGCUGCCCAGCGGCGCGUCCCAAAUGGAGGCCCGGCAGCUGCACGAGGCCUGGGACUACUUUGAGGAGGCCGCGGCCGUCGUCGCGGCCGCCCCGGACGGCAUCCCGGAGAUGCGGGUCGUGUGGCUGCUGACCCGCGCCUGGAACGCCGGCAUCCUGCUGUACGGCCUGGCGCGCUACGUGGAGGCGGAGAAGUGGUGCAGCCUCGCCAUGAGCUUCGUGCGCCACCUGGGACCCCUGCAGGAAAGCUACAGGACGCAGAUGUCCAAUCUGUACAGCAAAAUUCUGGAUCGUCUGGAUCGAGCAAAGAGCAAAACCUCGUUAAAGGAAGACUAAGGACACAGCGGGGGGUCAGAGUUCACGUCUGUAACAUUUUCUUGUUACAUUGCAAACAUGUCCUUUGCAUUUAUGUAUUCCUUGUUGUACUUGACGGGGCACAAUUUAAAAUUAAUGUUCAAAAUUAUAAUUGAACUUUACUCACCGUUCUUGUUUGUGGUGCACAAAAAUGCUCACGGGUCAAUUAUUUGAGUUGUUUUUUUUUUUUUAACCCAUUUAUUUAUAGAUAUAAAAGCUUUUAGUUUGAAGGCCUGACGUUUGACAGGAAGCAUUUGUCGCAAGAUGUGAAAGUGUGCAUCGUCGAGUACGCCUUGUUGUCUGUCAAGCAUGGUUCAUACAAUGUGGGGAAAAAAAAGAUUUGAGUGUCAGAGAAAUUGUAAAUUCAAUGAAGAACUAUAAAAAAGGCAUUUCCACUAUUCCCGCCUUCAAUAAAGAUGAAAGUCAUGUUCAUUUA